AUGCGCAGAUUCCACAUGAAUCAUCAAUUUGACUGGUCUCAUAGCAAUAAGGGCGAUCCAUUGUGGCUUUCUGAUAAUGACGAGGGCUAUAUUGAAGCUAUUCUUGUGUCGGUGCAGGGUGACAAGAUUAUCGUCGAAGACAAAGGGGGCAAGCGUUUUACCGUAGAUGCGGGCGCUCUGUCACGGGGUGGGCCGCCACCGGUUUUGCACGGUACUGGAAGAAAUGGCGGAGGACGCAUGAAGAACGCGGAAGGAAUGCGGCGCUUGUUGCCUCGCGCGAGCAAUGUCAGCGCUGCUUCACCUACAACGAAAACUUCAGUCCCGCCAGAGCUGCACUGCCACAAUAUGGAAAAUAUGGAUGACUUGCACCCUCUGAACGAGGCGACCAUCCUGGCCAACAUCGCGCAUCGCUUCCGCACGGACCAGAUCUACACCCGCACGGGUCCCAUCCUCAUUGCCAUGAACCCCUUCAAGUGGCUACCCAUAUACGGUCCCGAAGUCGUGCGACAGUACAGCGGCAAACCCUAUGGGACACUGCCCCCGCAUUGCUAUCAGGAGGCCGAGGAUGCGUACCAACAGCUUCAGCGUACACACUAUAUCAGCAUUGUGGCGCGAGACGACUCAGAAAAGGAGAAGGCAAGAGGCCAUCAGGGGCUCGAGGCGGGAGGAACAGCCGCCAUGCAAGAAGGUGUCUCCCCGUCGCCGGCCAAGGAGCCUCUGACCAUAGGCGAACGUCUGGUACAAUCGAAUCCAUUGAUUGAAGCCUUUGGAAACGCAAAAACCCUCCGCAAUAAUAAUUCAAGGGCGGCCAUGGAUGCUGUGGGAAUCACGUACGAGGAGCAGGUUGCUCUCUUCCAAAUGGUGGCGGGUGUCCUGCACCUUGGCAAUGUGGAUUUUGAAAGCAGUCCCGAUGGCGAAGAAUCAAGCGUUCGGAGGGAAUUUGGAGCUGGAAAUAACGAUGGAGAAGUGGACAAUGGGGAAUCCGCUCUGGAUGUGGCAGCUGAGUUCUUAGGACUCGCUCCAGAAAGACUUGCUGAAGCUUUAACGACGCGCGUGCGGCAGCUACCUGGAGGGAAGACUGUCCGCUCCCCGCAGACCGUGGCGCAAUCACGUGAUUCGCGCGAUGCCCUUGCAAAAGCUUUGUACAGUCGGCUCUUUGAUCGUCUUGUGGAUCGACUAAAUGCAACCUUUGCUGAAGAUGGCGGGUCUACGAGCACCGCCACAAGCAUUACAUCGUCUCACAGGAGCAAUGUGCUUUCAUCAGGCUCUGUGUCCGCCCCAUGCUUCAUCGGAAUUCUCGACAUUUUUGGUUUUGAGAAUAUGGCCGUCAAUUCGUUGGAGCAAUUGCUUAUUAAUCACAGUAACGAGCGUCUCCAACUUUUGUUUAAUUUAGCCACCUUCAAGCGUGAAGAAGAGGAAUACGCGCGCGAGGAAAUCGAUUGGGAUCGCUCCGAUUUUCCUGAUAAUCAGCCAUGCGUCGAUCUCAUUGAGAAGAAACCUUUGGGUGCGUAG